AUGACAACACAAGACUCGCAGUCUCGUCGUCCACCCUCACGAGUCUUGCUUCCAGAUCUAGAGAACAGCGAUGAUAUCUUCAAUUACACUCGAGGUCGUUUCGUAUGUGAUGAAGAAUAUGAGAUGGCACAGCGCCAGGUCCGCUUCGAUGUCAACGAGCUGGCUCGCAUCGCCACCGAAGCUGUCGGAGCGAAAUCAUGCGUUAGUGUUGAAAAGUAUCCUGAUGGCGUGUACAACAAGGCUAUGCUUCUUACUAUGGAUGAUGGAAGUCGAGUUGUGGCGAAAGUUCCAAAUCCGAAUGCUGGCAGGCCUCAUUUUACCACCGCAAGCGAGGUUGCAACCAUGGAUUUCGUACGGAAUGUCCUAGGGACUCCUGUUCCCAGAGUCUUGGCUUGGAGUUCUACGGCCCAGGAGAAUCCUGUAGGCGCAGAGUAUAUUGUCAUGGAGAAGGUGCCAGGAAUUGAGUUGGAACGUGUUUGGCCAAGCAUGAAAAUUGCAGACAGAUUUACUCUCGUCAAAGCUAUCGCCGGUUUUCAGAAGGCCUGGACUUCAGUUUCUUUUCAGCAAUUUGGUGGCCUUUAUUAUUCCAACAAUUUAGAGAAAGGAACCGGAAAUGAGCUGCUGUACACCGACGCAAAUGGCGUUAACGUUACAGACGCCAAGUUUGCCAUUGGGCCGACCACAGCGCGCGAAUCUAUUGAUUAUCGAAGAGCGACUAUCGAAUUUGAUAGAGGACCAUGGAAGACGCUGGAGGAUUACCACGCCGCAAUCGGGCGUCGAGAAAUAGCUUGCAUCAGUCAACUCUCCAGCCUGCCCAAGUCCCCAAUUACCCUCUGCGGCCCAGGGACCUACCAACCAACGAGAGAUAGAAAGCUCAAAGCUCUACACUGCUAUCUCAAGUUGAUCAAGUUCCUCCUACCCAUAGAUGGAUCUGUUGGAUCAUCACAUCUGUGGCACAGCGACCUCCACGUUGCCAACAUAUUCGUGAAUCCUUCCAACCCUACCGAAAUUGUGGGAAUUAUUGAUUGGCAAUCUACUGAGCUGGCUCCUCUCUACUGCCAUGCCCGCCAACCUCAUAUCAUCGAUUAUGAUGGCCCAUCUGUCCACGGUUUAGAGCGACCCCAGCCACCAAAGGACAUAGAAAAGCUCGAUGGAAAUGCAAAGGCAAAGAAGCAAGCACAAGAUUUGUAUUUGCAGCAAUCAUUGUGCUCUCUCUAUAACACUUUCACUCACCACCACAACCCACGGCUCUAUGCUGCCCUCGAAUUCCAGCAAACGACCAGCUACCUACUUCUCCUCCUCGCACGUAAUCUUCUUGUCGACGGUGAGGCAAGCUAUCUGUCACAAGUCGCCGAGUUAGAGGCUACGUGGGACACUUUCCCAAAUGCCAGAAAUUCUACUUAUCCGUUCACAUUCUCCGAGAAAGAGCGGCAAGAAAUGAAGGCAGAUGUCGAAAGUGUAGCACGUGGCAUGGAAGCAAUGCGUUCGAUCAGGGAGAGUAUCGGGGAGUUAUUCCCCGAGCAGGGAAUAGUUAGGGCAGACCAGUACGAAGAUACUCUAAAUGCGUUGGAACAGAUGAAAGAUCAGGUUAUGGAUGAAUUUGCGAGCAAUGAGCAGGAGAGAGAGGUAUGGCGGAGGGAGUGGCCAUUUGGGACAUGA